CCUAGAAAACUCCUGAUAGAGAAAGAGAGGCUAUGGAGCGAUUCUGGUGGAAAGAAGCGAACAAACGGCUCCAAACGGCCCUCUUUGCUCCCAGCUUCUUCUCGCCGCGAUUCUCCUCCGUCCGCUCGCGCCUCUCUCCUUCUCGCCGGCCCCCGCGCAUCGCUCUUCCUCACCGCCCCCCGCACCUCCCUCCUCUUCUCGGCCUCCGUCCUCUGGCUCGCCGGCCCCCGUGCUCCAUCUCCCUCCUUGGCUCCGGCGCCUCCGUCAGCUCCCUGAUCUGUCUUCCGGCUCGCCACUUGUGCCUGGCCUUGCCCGCGGCUCGCCUCGUGCCUAUGGAGAAGCUGGAUGAGAGCAAGUUCGAGCAGCGGCUACAGCUCUGGGCGCUCCGCAUUCCCCGUGAGCUCUCGUCCGCAGUCACCCGCCUCCUUCGCUCCGGUUAUCUGCUGGACAAGCCACGGGUUAAGACCGUAGUUGAGGAUCCCGAGGGCGACAAGAACCGGCUCGUCAUACUGUCUGAAAAGAUUCAGAAGCCCGAUUUAUCUGACAUGCCACAACAGGAGCUUGAUUCAUUGAAGCAACUAUGCAAUGUUGAUGUUGUACCUUAUACAUUGACCCUUGGUUAUUCGUACUGGAGUGCAGAUCACAUUUUGAAGCAAAUCCUUCCUGCUGGAUUGGAGGUACCCACUUCGUUUGAGACAAUUGGUCAUGUUGCUCAUCUGAACAUAUCUGAUGACUUGCUACCAUAUAAAAAUGUCAUAGCAAAGGUUAUCUAUGAUAAAAAUUAUCCAAGGAUUCAGACCGUGGCGAAUAAAGUGGGGACAAUAACAAAUGAAUUUAGAGUCCCAAAGUUUGAGAUCUUAGCAGGGAAAAAUGAUAUGGUUACUGAAGUUAAACAAUAUGGUGCAACAUUCAAACUUGAUUAUGGUUUGGUCUACUGGAAUUCAAGACUUGAUCAUGAGCAUAUCAGAUUAGUUUCCCUUUUCAAGAAAGGAGACGUUAUAUGUGAUAUGUUUGCUGGUAUAGGUCCAUUUGCAAUCCCAGCUGCUCAGAAAGGAUGUGUUGUGUAUGCAAAUGACUUGAAUCCAGAUAGCGUUCAUUACCUAAGAACUAAUGCAAAGAUUAACAAGGUUGAUGACUAUAUAUUCGCCUACAACAUGGAUGCUAGAGUGUUCAUGCAAAAUUUGAUGACUGUGCCUGGUUUGGAAACUGGAUCAGACUGUCAAGUUGCCGCUGAUGAAUCCUAUCCUAAAGAAGGGGUCCCUGCUAAUGAAAAUUCAUCUUCAAAUGGAAAUCAUAAUGAUGUUCGUGAGGGCAGUCAAAAUGGUGCUAAUGAAUCUUCUGUGGCGAGCACUACUGCCAAAAAGCGACAACAAACUUCAGAAGAAUGUGAAUCUGAUUGCCAAGAUGGAGAUGCUAGUCAAACAAAAAGACGAAACAACAAGAGAGUGAGAGGACCAGGGCCACCACCAUCCAAGCCAUGGGAACACUUUGAUCAUGUACUGAUGAAUCUACCUGCUUCUGCUCUGCAGUUCCUUGAUUGUUUUGAUGGUCUCGUCCAAAAGAAAUAUUGGACAGGAUCGCUACCUUGGAUACACUGUUAUUGUUUCAUCCGUUCAAGUGAAUCUGAAGAAUCAAUACUCUCUGAAGCACAGAAUAAAUUAAAUGCUAAGAUAGCAGAACCGAUAUUCCAUAGGGUUCGUGAUGUUGCACCAAACAAGGCUAUGUUUUGUUUAAGCUUCAAGCUACCUAUGGAAUGUCUUAGGGAGGAUGACAGUGAAAAUCACAUUGAAUCAGUUGCCUAGUAGACCAUGCAAUAUUGUGCACCCGUAGUUUUUACUCUCGACCUGCAAUUUUUGGAUCUUUACUAAAGAAGAAAGAGCAACUGUGCUGGUGAUUCUGGGGUUAGUAGGUGUAUAUAUAUCUGAUCUGAAUCGCCAUCCAAUGGCAAGGAGGGAUUAACAGGCUAUUCCUGAUACUAAAUGCAAUUGACCAGGUGUCGUAUAACCAUGGAAGAUGGUUGGUGGCUGAAAUGAAGACGCUGGUAGCAAUAUCUGAUGAUUCAAAGCGUGGUGCCCUCGGUUUCUUUUACAUGAAGUUCCCUGUUAUGUUUUUUCGCAAAGGAUUUGUGUUCACCGCUACUUGAGUCCAAACCUUACCAGGAUUCGAGUUGCUUUUUUGGCCAUGUAAUGUAAAGGACCUACCCGGUACUUCUAAAAUACUGUACUGCUAGUAUCCAAAGUAUUGACUUUUCACAUGGUUUUGUUCUUGAUUUGAACAAGCUUUGGUCAGAACUCAGGACCGUUUGUAGUA